AUGACAGAGGGGGCUGAUGCAAUAGGAAACAAAGGAUCCCUCUCAGUGGUCAUCGUGGGAGGGGGUAUUGCGGGGAUAAGUGCGGCUCGUCAUCUCAUUAAAAAUGGAAUUCAACAGGUUAAGAUUUUGGAAGCAAUGAAUCGAUUGGGGGGUCGAAUACUUACCGUAAACGGAGAGGCAGGAAAGAUUGACUUUGGUGCUCAGUACAUCCACGGAGGAGAUGAGAACCCCUUGUACCAGAUGGCUGUCAAACAUGAUCUUAUUGACCGCUCAUCAAAGACGACCAAAGGCUCAGGAACAUCAUCAUUUUACGGAAACGAAUUUUACAAGGAAAACGGGUCCCGAAUUCCAAAGGAAAUCGUUAGGGAUGUCAACGAGUUUCUGGAAAGUGUGCAUGAAGAAUGUAAUGGUAUUGAAGAAAAUACAAACUGCCAUGAGAGCAUGGGGCAUUGUUUUGAAAGGAGAUUCGAAGAAUAUUUGGGGUCACGUGACGAUACAGAGGAGGAUGUUGACAUAAAGAAAGGGUUGUUCGAUUGGCGAAUUCGAUGGGAGAUACAUGACAACGGCUGCCGUUCCUUGUUUGAUGUAGCAUCGCCAGCCAGGUACCAAAAUUACAACGGAAGCUAUUUUACAGAAGUAAAAAAUGGUUUUCAAUCAGUGCUUUCCAUCCUUUUAAGAGAUAUUCCUUCUGAGUGCAUUAGAACAGAAACACCAGUUACGAAAAUAGAUUGGGAAAGUAGUGGCAUUUGUAAUGAUAGAAUAGGAUCAAAGCAAUGUAUGAUUGAAACUAAACACGGUGAAUAUAUUUAUUGUGAUUAUGUGAUUGUAACUGUACCUCUAGGUUUUCUGCAAUCAAACACUGAAAAACUAUUCCAGCCACCGUUACCUUCAAGGAAAAAGGCGGCGAUUUUGCGAAGUGGGUUUGGAAACUUAGUGAAAGUAUUUCUUACGUGGACGACACCGUUUUGGGACAAAUCUUUUGAAGGAAUUCAAUUUGUAUGGACUUCAAAUAAAGACGUAAUCGAUAAACAACCAGCUUCAAUCCUAACCAAAAAGAACGGUGAUCCCUGGUACCGGGACUUUGACGGUUUCCACGUAUUGAGGGACAACCCCUCUACUCUUCUGGGGUGGAUUGGAGGGGAGGGAGGGUGUCUGUCAGAAUGCUUGGCAGAGGGAGAAAUUUUGGAAACGUGUUACCUAUUGCUAAAAAAAUUUGCUCCUGACAUGAAUAUUCCAAAGCCUUGCAAGAUGCAAAGAUCCCAGUGGCAGAGCCUGGAGUAUAUCCGAGGAAGUUACAGUUAUGUAUCCAUCUACAGUGAACCUAACGACUUCGAGGAACUCACAAAACCACUGCCCUCCAAACAGAACCCUGUGCUACUGUUUGCUGGUGAGGCCAUGAGUUAUCAUCAUUAUUCUACAACCCAUGGAGCUUACGAGUCUGGUAUAGAUGCUGCUAACCUUGUAUUGCAGAAUGCGACACAAUUUUUAAAUAUAUAAAG